AUGAAGACACGAAAGUGCUGCUGGACGUGCACAGUGACCAGCGAGGCCUUGAUCUUGGGGAGAGCGGCUCAGCACGUGGCUGCGUCUAUGGUUCUUGGAGCUUUUGAGAUAAUGCAACCUUCGGAAGGCUCGGGCGAGUGGCUUUUGCACACAUGGGGGGCUGUUGACAUGAUUCAUGCCACUCGACUACAGGACGAACCGCAUGACAGCGACCCCUGGCAGAAUAUACCGCCCGUGAAUCCGACUUAUGCGAUUCUCAAUCUGCUUUCCGAGGUUUGCGACACGCUAGUAGAUCCUCGAGAUCCUCGAAGUCAGGACGAAAGUUACCAGAAUCAGCUCAAGGACCUUGGCGGAAGGGUCCGAGAUAUCUCUGUCAAACCAGCCAUCCCAUCGGCUUCAGAUCCGGAGGCCGCCUUCGCUAUCGAACUGUACCAGAUGGCGACUCAGAUCUAUCUUGUACGAGCCUCGCAAAGCCCAUGGGAACCCCCUGCGGACCUUGAUGCUCUGGUGGAGGCGGCUUUCGCGGGACCUGUUCAGUCAUGCACCUGCGAGCACUUCUUUCCUCUACUGAUUCUUGCUUGCGAGGCGCAACGUGACGAACAGAGGAUCGGCAUCAUCAAUCUGAUCGAAAGAACCCAAAGAGAUGUUCGAAUACGAAGCAUACAAGCAGUCAAGAAUACCAUACAGUCCAUUUGGGUGCAGCAAGAUCUGCACAAGGAUGACGAUGUGUUGGUGGACUAUCUUAGCACCUUGAGUUCGGCGAUCAGCUCCAGCAAUACAGUACCAUCAUUCGCAUAG